AGAAGUACUGGCACACUAGCCGUGAUAUAAUAUAAGAAAAAUGUCCCAAGCUGAUUUUGGUACCGGCAAAAGUUUGGUUGUUCUAGCAAUAGUAUUAGGAUGUUUUGCUGUUUUAUGGCCGAAAAUAUUUUAUCCAAUGAUGCAAACUGCUUUUGCUAUGACAUCGCCUAAAGUGGACAGUGAUGGGCGAUUCCAUGAUGCUGACCGCCCACCUCAUCUUCAUCCUGCAUCUGCUGGGCCUCGUGGUCGUGGUCCUUCAUCGGAUGAUGUACAUGACAAGUUUCUCAUGAGAGAAGGAAGGCCCUUUCCACACCCUCAAGCUAGGCAGCCAGCAAAAUCUCAACCAAAAUCAGGAGGUGCUAUGAGUAUCAUUAUGCCCAUCUACACAGUAGGCAUUGUUGUCUUCUUCUUAUAUACAGUAUUAAAGUUAGUUUUUAAAAAACCCAAUGAAGGUGAUAAGAAGCCUCUCAUUAAGGAUUUCCAUAUGGAUCCGGAAUAUCGCAAGUUUGUCUAUGAGCCAUCUGCCAGUGAACUUAUCAAGGCACAGAAAUUAGAAAAGAAGAAUAAGAAAAAUAAAUUAAGGGAACCUACUAUUCCCGAGAAUGAAAUUGAAACAAAAGAUUUUGAAAUUUUCAAACUGAAAAAGAAGUUGGAAGAAACAGAGCAAGCAAUGGAGCGUAUAAUUAAGCACAUGGGUGUUGUGAAUGCAUGCUUGAAUGAACGAGUGCAAUUAGAGAAGAAAAUUAUUGAUACUCAGAGCACUGAUAUUAGACAAAGGCAUAAAGGUAGUAGCCAAAUGAAAGUUGGGGCUUCUCUAGUGUCCGAUCGUAACUUCAUACAGGAGCUGAAUGAGGAAAAUGAAUCAAAUCAUUGUUCGGUUAAAAAGUUGGAAGAUGAUUUGUCAGAAUUGAUAAGCCUGUGCUCCGCUAAAGAUAAAUCCUGCGAAAAGAGCAUGCAUGAUCCAGAAACAGAAGAUGAUGAAGAUGUAGAGAAAUCUGAUGAAAGCAGUGAUGAAUCUGAGGAUAAAAAUAUGGAGCAGAAAAAUUCUUUUAAUGAAAAUGAACAUAAGUCUGUGAAUGGUUGCUGCAAAAAUUUAUCUUGUGCAUAAGGUAUCGGUUUGUAUUGAAACUCUCUUACGCGAGGCUGAAAAUUAUAUGCAUUUUGAUUUAAUUUGUCCAUUUUUGUUAAGAUGGAAUUUUGUAUCAGUUUUUUAUUCGCCUUUGUGAUAUAUAAGUUUUUUAUGUAUGUGCCCCUAUGUUGAUACAAUUAUUUUAAUAUUGUCAAAACUUAUAAUUUGAUUUCAUGCGAGAUGCACUUCCUUAUAUUGAAUUGAAGGAAAAUUAAUUUCAAGAUUUCGUAAUAAUAUAUAUGUAUAAUAUAAUUGAAUGUCCAUUUGCUGUUUUGAACCAUAUAAAAUUCCAUAUUCCUUAACAGAAUUAAACAAUUAGGCACACAUAUUUCUUGGCAGCUAGAAAGUUCCCUGAUUGCCAUAUUUAAAAAAAAUUAUAAAGUCAGCUAAAGGAAAUGAGAUGGGGUAGAAAGAUUUCCACUAUAAUUUUAGAACAUAUCAUUGUAAAAAAAAUAAACUAGAUACCAUUACAAAAAAAUUUUUAUUGAGCUUUUCAGCAACAUAAAUUUUAUUUCUGUGCAAUUAUUUCUCUAAUUUUAAUCAGACAAUUUUUCAAAUUUAUUUAAAUUAGGAUUGAGGAUUCUGAAAUAUCUUAAGGAGUUUAAAUAUAACAUUUCAAAAACUACAACAUAAAAUUAUAUGUAAUUUGCUUCUUAUAUAAAACAAAUGCAAGUGGAGUUGCAUCUCUAAUGAAUUAUAAAUUAAAGUCUUUAAACUAGCUAAUAAUUAAAAAUAGUUAAUGUACUUAUUUGUCACUAAAAAUUGUUUUCAGAAAUUUUUAUUUCUAAGUAAUUUUUUUCUCCUCUACUCAUAUUUGAUUUUUCACUCUGAAAAGACUAAAUUUGUCUUUUUUUUAAUUAAGAAUUUAUAUAAUCCUGUUAUUAAUUUUUAAAGGAUAAAAUAUCUUGCAUUUAGAAUAGAUGUUAUUAAUAUAAAUUUUAAAAAUGUACAGUAUUACAACCUAUAAUAUAAUUAUGUUUGUUAGUUUAAUGAAAUAAAUUAUGAAUUUUACUGAAUACACUUGUUAGUAAUCAGCAAGGUUAGUGAUUAUCAAAACAUUUUUAAUGCUUUAUUAAAAAAAAUAGUAAUUGCCUUUAGCAACCAUUUGUUUCACCAGAAGUAAUGGUUUAAUAUCUAUUCAAUCUCUUGCACAUUAAUGUAAUGUUUAUGAUUCCCUAAAAAUGUUAAAUCACUAAAUUGUGAUGUACCUAAGAAGUGCAUUAUUUUAAUAGCUUUACUUUUGUUCUAUUAAUUUUAUAAAUUAAUCUUCCUAAAAGUGUCAAAUCCCAUGUCAUUAUAGGGAUAGUAAAAAUCUAGCUAAUUACUUCAUAUUGCUUCUUUCAUGGUACCGUAACUUCAUUUUCUAAUAGUUUCAGCAAACUAUAUAGAUAUUAAACAGUUCUUCCCCUCCCUCUCUUCAAGCUAUGGCAAAAAAUUAUGCGAUUAAAUUUGUGAUGAAAUAAUGAAAUGAUAAUUGUUUGAAUUUCAGUGCAACUAUGCAACAGUGGUAGAUCAUCAUCCUUUGAGCCUGCUGAGUUGUAGCAAGUGUGGAAUUAUUUUCAAGAGUUACAUUUUUGUUUUUUUAUCGAAUGUGCUUACUUUCCACUCUGAGAGUUCAGUGCUCUCUGCUUACUUUUUUUUUUUUUUUUUGAUCAAUUAAAAUCAGGGGGAAAAGAUCAAGAAAAGCAAGAAUGAAAAUUGACCAACAAACAAGCAAAAUUCAGACACGAGAAGAAAAAAAAUUUGAGACCAGAGACCUUAAUAUUAUUAUUUUCUUUUAUUUCUGUGCAAUUUGGCAGCUUUGCAAAAACGUUUCUUUCCCGUUCCUUUUUCCUUUAGACUUGAUUGUUUAUCAUACACUUUUUGUUUUCUUUCUUUUUUCUUUUGCUUAGAAUUUUUGUUUUGCAGUUUCUUACUGCUGGAUGCUUAUUCUGACAAAAUUCCUACCUACUUUUUCUCUUUUUAUAAGAAUGGAAAGGAUUUUUUUUUUAUUAUAAAUUGUAGAUUUUAAAAAUGUGGGAAAAGAUGAGAUUAGAUCUAUUAAAGUGAGAAAACUGCAAUUCUGCAGAAGAAUUACAUCCCUGAAGACUACCAAAAUAAAACAGACUUAAAUAUAUGUCACAAUUUAAAGUUUAAAUUGCAUUGCUGAAGAAACCUAUGAUACUAGUGUGUAUAUAAAAGAUUUAUUUCAAAUUAAAUAUAACUAAUAUGCUCUGUGAACCAGUCUGGUUACUAAAGGGGAAUAGUCAUUAAUGUUGAAGAUCAUAAUUUUAAAACACUGAAUUUUGUAUUUUGCAGUCACUCCAAAAGUAAAUACCUUAAUUGGUAAAAAUUUAAUUAUAUAUUAAAUAUUUCAGUAAUGACAUGGAAAGUGCGAGGAAGAAUUAUACUGUAUAAAUAUUAUAUGUAUUCAUAAGCUUGCAUGCACAUUAUACCUUUAUUAUUUUUCAUAUCAAUCUUAACAUCUGAAAUAUGGGAGAGAGAGAGAAAAAAUAAAGGCGAAUUUAAAUAUAUGAAUAGUAACAUAGUUUGAAUGGUUUACAUUUGAAAUAUAUAAUUUUUCAUUGAUGGAAUAUUUGAAUUUUUUGUGUGGGGAGACAGCAUGAAGAUUAUUUAUUUGUGGCUAUAAUUGUUUGUUAUAAUUAUAGUUGUAAUUCUACUUUUUUACAGUAAAUAAACAAUGGCCAAAAGAAACAAAUAAGCCACUGUAAAUAUGUAAAUUCCAUUAGUUUAGGAAAAAUUUUGUAACCAUUUUUUGAAGAAAAAAUUCAUUUUAAACCAAUUUGGAUCUAAAAUUUACUUUUUGAUAAUCCAAUAUUUAUAAUUUUUUUUAUCAUAAUCAAAAUAUAGAACAGUUCUUUGAAUGUCUGUAGUUUUGACUGUAAUUUUUAAAAUGAUUCAUUUCAGCUAUAUCUAAGGUAUUUCUUAAUUACCUGUGUUUGCAUAUAUUGUUGACAAACAAAAGCUGUAAACAUAUAUUGUAUGUUUUGAAUUUCUUAUUUUCAUAAUUAUCUGGCAUUUCAUUAAUAUAUAAAUUAUCAAAUUUUUUUAAUAUUAAGAUGGAUGUAUACUUUAUAAUAUUCAAACAAAUUUUAUAUUCUUCACAUAAAAGAGAACAUUAGUUAUGAAAUUCGAAAUGAAAUCCGAAAUAUUACUUUAAGGGUUUUCUUUUCCCCUCAAAUUAUGAUAUUUAAAUAUUUAUUAGAAAAAUAUGAUCACUUAUUAGCCUAUUACACUAUUAAUGAAUAGGUUCCUUGUAAAUAAAACCAUUUAUAUUUAUCUUU